UGUACUGUUGGCGCCUACUACCUGAAGAGCUUCCGGCCUCCACCACUCGCUCGUCGACGAUGAGGGCAGCCAUGGCGAUGGCUGCCUCCGCCCCCGCUAGGCUUCUCCCGCGCGCCGUCUUCUCAUCCCCGACCCCGAACCCCUCCAGCCCCAGCAAGCGCGUCGCUCCCAGCCCCAGGCUCAGGCGGCUCCCGCCGAUCUCCGUCUCCAUGGACCCGGCCCUCGUCGACCCGGCCCGCCUCCAGGCCCUCAUGCUGGCCUGCGCCCACUCCUGCGCCGUCCGCCUCUCCCCGCUGGAAUCCUCCGCGGCCACGCCGGAGCCCGUCGACAUCCGCAAGCUCCGCACCGCACUGGCGCACAGCUUCCUCGUCGUGUCGGUGUUCUGCGCCGCCAGGUUCUUGGAGGAUGAGGUGGAGGGUGAUGGAGAAGGUAGGGAGGGCGGCCGGCGGUUCCUUGGGAUUGAUAUGGAUCUUGGGCGGCUCGGGCGGCGCGAGGAGCAGCGGCUCGUCGGGUUCGGACGGGCCGUCUCCGACGUCGGGCUCACCGCCUCCGUCCAUGACGUCGUGGUGAGACUUCUCCUCACGAAUUACUGGUUCGUCGAAUUGCCUGGUGACUUACAGGUUCAUCCGUCGCUGCAGAGGAGAGGAAUUGGCAGAAAAAUCCUUGAGAAAAUUACAAGGGUACUCCACAGCAGAGGUAUUUAUGAUAUUUCCGCGUUAUGUACAGGAAAGGAGAGGCCAUUUUUUGAAGCAUGUGGAUUCGAUGAUGAUGCAAUGGGUUCCACAACGAUGAUGUACACUAGAAAUAUGCCCAAAUAAUAUUCCAGCUGAUGGUUGCUGAAUCCACCAAAUUAUGAGAUUGGCGGCUCCUUUAUUGGGUUGACUGCUGCUGGUUAAGAUUGCUGACAGUAAAGGGAGUUCUAAGAUCCAUCCGUGACUUUUACCACUCUAUAAUUGGAUCUAGUUUCCAUGGUGUGGAAGCCUUUUCUGGCUAUGUAAAGAGGAAACCACCUGAAGAAUUUAGAGAACUCAUGUAUACAGCACAAUGUACUAUCAUGUGUGAAAGAUAGCAUGUUUCAGAUCCAGACCAACAUCUGUAAAAUCCACCACUGACUGUAAAAGCUUGCUAUGGUCAUAGAGAGAUGAAUGUUUAUAUGUGUAUCAUUUAUUCAAAUUUAUGCAUAUUUAAUCUGGCUGCA